CACAUUUUCCGUGGCCAGAAGAGAGGGCGAAGACUGUGUCAGAUGCACCGAACAGGGAACAGGCUCUGGAGAGGACGAGGAAGUUAUUUGUCAAACUGUUUCGAUCAGAGCUGCGCAGACGGUGGAUCGGCCGGCUGUAUCGGCAAGUGGAGAGAGAACUGAAGUGGCGUCUGAUCUGUAGAGAGUGCUGCCUGAAUCUGUGUCUCGGGAGACCGAGCCUGCAGAAUCGAUUCAUCCUUGCCUUUACUACUACACGUGGGCACGCUGAAGGGGUUAAAUGUGGUAUUGGGGGCGGGGCUGGUCUGCCGUUUGCAAAGGAGAAUGUCUUCGCCGGAACUCACAUCUGAUCCGUGUCUGGACGAGAAGGAGACAGCCUGGCCGGUCCUCCACUCUCUCCCGUCCCUCCAACUGACGCUGCAGUCCGUUCUCCGUGACUCCACCAUCCCCCACACACCGCCUCUCAUUGAAUUUCCAUUGAAAACCGAGGUAGAAACUCCGGAAACAACGCUGCAGCAACCACUCAGGUCUGGGCUGCCCAGAGCAAGGUUGGAGAGUCAACAGCUAUCUCGGAAGAUAUCGCAGCUACGAUCAACCGUGGAUAUCUACCAGAAAAGACUCCUUCACCUGCAAGAGGGGAGCAGAGCCUUAUUUGGUGAAAUCAGGGGACACAGGGUAUGCCUUAUGGUUGAUACAUCAAGCCAACAUGCCUUUCAAGAGAGAAAGGACGAAGGAAGUGAAUGUGAGGAAGAUGACAGUAAAGACAAAGAAGAGAAAGAGGGAGAGCAAAGGUCGAUAUUUGCAGAGUGCAAACGCAGCCUCACGCAGCUAUUUGAGGAGCAACUGUCACGGAAAAACAAAGUCUAUAUUCUAGAGACUGCUGACAUCCCACCCACUCCCCUGAACUUCAGGAAGAACAAACAGAGGAGUAAGAUGGUGGCUGGUCAGUGGGUUGAGGGUCUGAAAGGCAGUGGUGUCUGCAGUCUUCUGAGUGGGUUGAAGAGAGCACUGGCACUAACUGACAUUGACACUCUACUCAUAGUUCUCGGGAGCAAGCCUCAGGAAGAGAAACACACUUUGGUGGAGUUUCUGAGAGGCAGGAGCUCUCGAAUUCACGUCCACUGGGUUGCUCACCUCUGUGAUAGCAGGACUAGAGAGAUGCUGUCAGAGCUGGCGUCUGAGAUGGGGGCACAUUACCACAGCUAUUCCCAGAGCAGAGGCAGCGACCACUACUCUGUGGAGGACACUGAGAUUGAUACAGUCGGAGCUGAGUUGAGCCAGGCAGAGGAGACAAUAUCUGAACUGGACCUGCUCCAGUCAGGGAACAUUUCAGACAAAGUCCUUCACAUUCUUAUACAGCUAAAUAUAGCAUGUUGCAAGUUUGAAGAUGAGAGUCCUCUUUGCUCAACUGAAGACAACCCUCUACCAGUAACCAGCAGAGAGUGGCUGGAAAAACAAUCUCUGGAAGCUUCUGGGCUCAAUAUCUAUCAUGUGUUAGCUCCAAACGCCUACCGACAAGUGAAGACCGCUGUGACCCAUUCUCCAGACAAUCUCUCCAUAGUUUCCUCAGUUGUCUACGAUGAGAUGAUGCCACAGUUCACAUGGCACGAUGGGACUCUGAAAUAUCUCCACGUCGAUGUUCACUUACUGGAGAACUACCAGGUUCAAGUUGAGGCACACAUAUCUCAGCUAAGACAGAGGCUAAACUGGCUAACCAGUGGCAGCAGAGUACCGUUUGGAGUCAUAGCAGAGAAAAGUGUUCUGGUUGUGGUAGAGCUGUCAGCAGCAACUCUGCCAUUUGCCAGUCAUCUCCAGAACUGCCUCUGUCUACUGCUUCUGGAACAAGUUGCUCGCACAGAGGAGUUCAACAUCAUGAGAAUUGGAGACGAGAGCUGUUCUUGGAGACCCAGUCUCACUCAAAAGUCACCUCAGUCUCUCAGUGAUGCAUGGGUGUGGCUGUUGAGUCAGUCUCCAUCAGGUUCUGCUGCUAGUCUAGUACCAGCUCUGGAGACGGCUCUCAACCAUGGCAGAGAGAUUGGAGUGUACCUGAUUCUCAGUUCUCUGCCUAGAGAAAAGACUGAGACUAUAUGCAGCUUUCUCCAAGAGAAGACUUCAACCCAGCAAAGAGUGAAUGUGGUGUUCUACAGACACCGUCCACGCACAGAGAACCAUGCAGUGGCAGGGAUGAGUUUUGAGGAAGGCUACUAUGCUAAUGAGCAGGAGCUUACCCAUCGUCUGCAGAAAAUUGCCACAGCUGGGCACGGAAGAUUCCAUAGCUUCAAGGGACCAGAUAUUGUUAGCAGUGAUGAUAUAGAGGCACUAGUCAAGGAACUACAGAAGGCACAGGACCACUUGAGAAUGGCAGAGAAUAUACUCAGCGACUAUCGUUCCUUCUGCAAAAGAUUCGUCCCGCCUCCAAUCUCUCCCUCCCCAACUCUCCCUCCCUCUGACCCUCCACCUCUCUACCCCAGACCUACCACUGCCUUCCUCUGCAGACUGAAUGCAGCAUCGAGGAUGAUCCGUAGGAGUGCCUCAGAUAGCCAUCUCUCUCGCAGACAGCACAGGCAGAGACAGAACAACAGGCGUACCAAAACAUGUGGCUUUUACCUGGACAAGAACCUCGAGAAAGGUGGGAGCAAACACGACCUCGGUUGUCUCUGGAUAACACUCAUUCUCUUCUAUCUUCUCUUGUUGAGGUUUUUCUCCUGAGAGAUGGGCACCAUUUGGAGCUCCAGUCCGCAAGAAACCACAAAAGGCAGAGUCAGAAUCGACACCAGAGUGGCUAAUGAAGUAUGGUUUGGAGAGUUUGGGCUUGAAAUUCAGCAAGUUUGAAGUUAGCAAGAGCCAUGCACUAAGUCAUAGAAAGACUCACCGGCACAUCAACAAGAACGGAGAGAUAGUGGAGUUGUAUGCCGAUCAUCAAGCUCUGAAGAAAUUCACACAGAGACUGAUGCAGGCCAGGGAAAGCUACUCUCAGAAGCUACGUGAAAUUGGAAAAGGCUGGAGAAACGCUCUUGGUUGUGUUUCCGAAUCAAAAGUGCUCUUUCUGGUAGACAUUUCCAGUUCAAUGGCUAUUGGCUUCAAAGACCUACAGGCAGCUCUAGCGGACUUUCUGCAGAAUAAACCACAUUCCCUCAAAUUUUUCAACCUGGUGGCCUAUAGUAGCUGUGUGAAACAGUGGCAGGAGACCUUGGCUCCUGUCCAUGAUGAAACUAUGACUUCGGCAGCUGAGUGGUUGUCUCAGCUUAGGCCCGAGGGCUCUAGCUGUCUCCUACAUGCACUCAAGCUGUCCCUGGAAUCAGGAGUAAAGAAUAUCUAUCUCAUUACUGAUGGAACAGCAGACCACACUCACAACUUUCUCCUCAGUCAAGUGCCUCAGUUGAGGACUUGGUACGGAGACCAUUGGAAGAUCCACACUGUUGCCUUCCACUGCUCACUUGAGUCUUCAUUCAGUUUCCUGAGAGAUUUAGCACAUGGAACUGGAGGAAGGUACCAUAGCUAUCCGUGGGGUGAUCCUGAUGACCCAUCCACCAAACUACUUCAAAACAGAUAUCUGGGUGACGAUGUUUUGAAACUCGUGCAAGAGACUUCGUCUGCUGAAGACCAGCUGUACAAAGCCUCACAAUACUUGUAGACGGUUUCAGUUUAUGGAGCCAUGAAAAUUGUACAGGGCUGCACGGUAAAAGUUUGCAUAGCCGUGAAAAAUUUGAUAGAGCAUGAUUAGGUCACAACUGAGCUAAGGGUGAUAGAUUGAAAAGCUGUUUCAGUUGCUGCUCUCUAUCGUUAUAGCAACCUAGGAAGCUGUUGGUGGUGUACAUGAGAGGCUGGCCACAGUUUAGUGCUAGCUCAUCAGAGGCAACUGGUCCAUCACACCACAUCAAGUCAAAUCCACCGACUCUCUUAACGUUUUCCCUCCCGAUCAGUCUCCCCUCCAUGUCCAGUACGUGGAGCAUGUCUUCUAGGAGGCCAAACUUGAGCUCGUAAUCAGAGGGGCUACUCGCCGUUAGGCUGGGGGAGGCGUUCACUUCGAUGAGCCACGGUUUGAGGUUCUCGUCAAAGAGAAUAUCGAAACCGUACAGUUCGAAGCAGUGUUUGUCAUUUAUCAUGACUUUCUGGACGCUCUGGAGGCUCUUGAUGUAGAUUUGGUCCAUUUGCUGCCUCGCCUGUCGGACUACCUGGUGGCUGUGUCGUGCAGCCAGGAACGUCAUGAGCUCCUGCAGAGACCACUUGCAGCCUUUCUCAGGGUCGUAAUCAGGUGCUGUCUUCUGGAUAGCUACAUUGGUGAGGUGUACGUACUGGUCGCUGAUGGAGCUAAGGGAGUAGUGGGUGUUUGAGAAUCGAGCAAAUCCGCUGCGAUACAGCCAGGCUUUCAGUGGAGAGUAGGAAGUCACCAAGACAUACACUCGAAUGUCAAACUUUUUGCCACUGAUGAGGUAAGGGUUGUCAAUAUAUCUCUGUACCACGUAGGUUUCCGGAGGCUCUUUAUCACUCUUCUCCUCAUCUCGACGAAAGUAGUCUUCUUUUUUCCAGUCCGUGAUGUCCUUCAGCUUACGAAAGAGGAAUAUUCCUUUCCCCUGUGCUUUCCCGGCAGGUUUCAUGAUCCAGAUGGUGCCGGGGUGUUUCUUGAACUCCUCGACAAAGAUGUGGUACUCGGACGGGAGCUCGAAAGUGGCGGGAAAAAACUCGCAUUUGGCCGCCUCAACUGUUGACUCCUUCUCCAGCACCUUCCGCAAUCGUUUCAAAUUCUUUGCCAUCAAAUUUUUCCUGGUAAGCUCGUAGUGGUUUCUGAAGUGGCAGAUCCUCUGGUGCUCCUCCAGAUACGUCCCGUCGAAAUGCUCCCUCAUCCACGCAACGUCGCACCAGUAGAAAUCCCAGUCUCCCUCCCCCUCCUUCGCCUCCUGCCAACCACGCGCCCGCAGCACGUCUCCGAUGGUGUUCCGCAGACACGUCUUGUAGCGAAUGACCCGCCCUCCGCCGGCGUUAGCUCUUCCUCCUCCUCCAGCGCCUGCGGGGAGCCCUCGAGCACCACUCCCGGCUGCCACAGCGUCUCGUGGUCUCCCGUCCCCCCGUCCUCCCACCUCACUUCUCGGAGCUAGCUUGCUGCUGACAGCGGCCGCUCCGCCCGGGGCAUCCUUCGCUUCCUUUCUACUCAUGCUUUAGACCGAGAAACCGGGGACACCCAC